UUUUUGGUCAGAAUCCAGAGAUUGUUGAUGAAAUCUGGCCAGAGGUGCAGCCAGUGGGACGAACUGGUCGUCUUAAUUGUACAGUGGCCAGGCUCAAUACCAACACUGUCGAAUGGUCAAGAAUCACAACCCGAGAGUUGAUCUCCAGCGGGGAAACAAUCAUGAUCAAAAAUGAUUUUAUGAGUGGGCUCAGGAAAUAUGAAGUGCAGGUGAGGACCAACGUGGAUCGAGUGACCUACAUGUUGGUGGUUCGUCGCAUGCUGCAGCAGGACGCUGGCGUGUACCAGUGCCAGGUGAGAAUCCAGUCGGUGUCACCACAACAGUGGCCGAAAAAACUAGGCACCAUUUCAGUGAAGAACGUGCAAGCAAAUGACUACACAACAUAUUACUGUGUGGCUGUUAACAACUUUGGAUCUGCAAACUCCACAAUUGUACUCUUUG